AUGACGAAAUCAUUCUUACCUCCUCCUGAGGCUUUUGCGACAUAUCCGGCACCCAACUACAUCGAUCCACAAACCAGAGGGAAAGCAACCUGCAUUACAGCAAUCGUAUGCGGUGUGCUUAGUAUAUUCUUCGUCUCCCUCCGCUUGAUCGCUCGCCUACGCAUUAAACGCGGACUCGGCUGGGACGACUUCUGGAUCCUCUUUGGCCUGAUCUUCGGCAUCUGCUUCUACAUCAACAUAAUCCUCGGCACCCAACUCUGGGGCUACAAAUACCACAUUUGGGAUUUACCGCCUCGAUUAUACAAAGGAGCCGCCAUCAUUGAAAUCACAGCUGUGUUGUUUUUCCUGUUGAGUACGUCUGGGAUCAGGAUGAGUCUGUUGAGUUUUUAUUUGCAUCUUGUGAGGGAUGCGGGGAGUGUUGGGUGGAAGAGGACGAUUCAUGGGUUUGUGGUUGUGACUAUUGUGUUGAGUUUGGCUUUUGGGUUGACUGCUGUGUUUAGAUGCACUCCUGUAUCGGCGUAUUGGACAUAUCCAAUGCCUGAGGAUGCGAAAUGCUUUGACGACUCGAUCAUCACUUUGGUCGGUGGUGUUUUGGUGGUUGUUGCAGACCUCUGCACCAUGUUACUUCCACUCCCCGUCGUAUUGUCCUUCAACAUGCCAAUUCGCCAACGCAUCUCCGUCGCCGUCCUCCUCUCCCUCGGCAUAGUCGUCACAAUAGUAAGCACAACACGCACAGUAUACCUCUGGAAAUCCCUCAUCGGCACCUACGACAUAACCUGGGAAAGCCACCCCCUCCUCAUCUGCGGCUCGGUAGAAAUCGUCCUAUCAAUCGUAUGCGCAUGCCUCCCCAGCAUAAAACCCCUCUACGAAAAAUUCUGCAAUUGGCUGUCUCAUCAUCGUCAUGGUUUUCGCAGUUUCCUCGACAACAGCUCCACCGAUGACACUACAGCUGUAGGAUCGAAACAGCAAUUUUCGUCCAAAAAGCCUCCAUCUCUAUCAUUGGAUAUGUCGAAUGCGAGUUUUUCAAAAGGGACGAUACAUGCAAUGUAUCCAUUAUCCACAUUCACCUCUAUAAAUGGAAAAAUGGGAAGGGUGAGUGAAGAAGAGGGGGAGGAAAUGCCAGAGACACCGAUGAGUUGGGUUAGCGAGAGUGGGAAGGGGAGUAGUGGGAGUUGGUUGAGUGGGGGGUUGACACCGACGAGUGUGAGUUUGCCCAGUCCGACGAAAAAGGAUAAGUUACAAGUCGACAGUCACGAAGCUUAUUCAGUAAGAGGGAGUGAAGACGAUGACGGCACAGGAAUCACGGUGAAGAAGAGUGUGGAUAUCGAAUACAGUGAAGCUUGA